AUGCCUGCGCCGUUCAUCCUCGUCGCGCCUGCUUCACGGGGCAUAGGCCUCGGCCUCGCAAGGCACUACCUCCGCACAACCUCUCUUCCAGUCUACGCGACCCACCGUGCACGCUCGCCUUCCUCUGUCAAAGCUCGCAUCCUCGAUGCCCCGCACUUGGACAACGUCGACAAAGACAGGCUCAGGCUGCUCGACUCGCUCGAGCUGACCGACGAAGCGAGCAUCAAGAACGUAGCGGACAAGCUCGCUGCGGACCUCAAAGAACGAGGCGGGGACGACCAUGCGGGCUGCAUCCACCGCGCGUGGUUCUGCGCGGGCAUCCUCCACCCGGAGAAGCGCUUCGAAGACCUGGACAACGGCCAGAUCCUGCAGACAUUCAAAGUGAACGUCGUCUCGCACUUGCUCGCGAUGAAGCACUUCUCUCGCUUCCUCCCGCCGCGCAACUCUCCCAGCAAGGAGCAAGCGAAGUGGAUCCACAUCUCCGCGCGCGUAGGAUCCGUGUCGGACAACAAGACCCUCGGCGGCUGGCCGAGCUACCGCUGCUCCAAGGCCGCACUCAACCAGGCCAUCCGGACGUUCGAUCUGAACUUGAAGACGAAGAAGCUGCCGGCUAUAUGCGCGGGCAUACAUCCCGGGACGGUGCACACGGACUUGGAUGGAGGUGCGUUCUGGCACGGACCCGACCCUGCGCGGGGCAAGUUCGAGCUUCCUGACGCCGUCGAGCGGAUAGCGCGAGUGGUCGAAGAGUUGGACGAGCACCAGCGAGGGAGGGUGUGGGACUGGAAGGCUGAAGAGGUGCUACCUUGA